UCUCAUGUGUACGUGGCCAUUAAAAUUUAACAAAGAUGUAAAGUUAUGUUACAUGUGUUGGUUGACUCCAUAAAGAGAAUGUGUCUUUGAUUAUUUUGCUGGUUCUCCUACCUUCGAAAAGAUGUUGCCGAUAACGGAUUAUCAAAAAAUUGGAAUUGGUGUGACAGGAUUUGGUCUGUUUUUUCUAUUCUUUGGUGUGAUAUUCUUCUUUGACAAAGGUCUGCUUGCCAUUGGAAAUAUUCUUUUCAUAUCUGGACUGACAUUAGUCAUUGGUCUGGAAAGGACAUUUAGAUUUUUUUUUCAAAGACACAAACUGAAAGGUAGCGCUUUCUUCAUUGGUGGCAUUUUUGUAGUUUUGAUUGGUUGGCCUAUGGUGGGAAUGGCCCUGGAGUCUUACGGUUUUAUUCUAUUGUUUGGGGGAUUUCUUCCAGUAGUCGUUAACUUUCUAAGAAGAGUACCAUUUAUUGGUAACAUAUUAAAUAUACCUGGAAUAAGUUCGGUCGUCAACAAGAUUGCUGGAGAUCCGUCAAAUUCCAUGGUUUAAUAUGUUUUUAAAAUUACAUGAUAAAGAUCGAGGGUUCUCAGUCCAGUAUUCUGAUUAUAACAACAUGUCUCGGGUAAAAAUCCCGUAUAGAUCUGUCACAAAUAUAAAAAGCACGUGAUACGUAGAUUAAUAUAUGACAUGCUAAGAAAAUUAUGCAAAAUAGUCAAGUAUAUCCGCCUAACUUGGAUAUUUUGGAGUAGCUUAGCCAGCCCACAAAUUUGUCGUGCUAUGUAGAUUUUUGAUCAUUAGCAAUAUUCGUUUCUUAAGAAUUUUUUUCACACUGAUUGAACACCAACUAAGUUAUGCAUGAAUUAACUUAGGGGCUGACUACGCCACUGGUCUUAAUAUAAAAACAACUCUAGCUUUGUUGAUGUAAAUUAUUUUGUAUUAUGCACGUUGUGAGUAUAAUGGUUACCACAGAUUUAGAACUAAACCCACUGCAAUUCAAACAUCGGAAAUCAUCCAUCACAAGAUAGCUUUAUUCUAUUUGUAUUAUCAGAAUACAAAACACGUUUUAGACCUACCUUUAAGAGUCCACCUUUUCUUGACUGAACGUGCCUACGAAAUGAAUAAAAUUGUGAUUUGAUAAAA